AUGGCCGACCCUGUGACCACCGCGUCCGUCCACACCCCGGUCGACGAGAAGCCCUCGCUCUCCGAUGACCUCUCCCUCGACAAGUCCGCUGUCAAGGUCGACGAGGAUGCCCGCAUGGCCGACGAGGUCGAGGAGUUUGAGGAACGCCUUCAGCGCGACGAGGCCGCCGACGAAGAGUACCUCGUCCAGGAGGCCUACGAGGUCGCCAUCAAGGUCCUCUCCACCCACGACGACCCGGAACUGAGUGCGCUCACUUUCCGCACAUUCUUCCUUGGUCUCGGCUUCUCGGCGUUCGGCGCUGUCUUGGCCCAGAUUUAUUACUUCAAGCCCCAGACGCUCAACGUCUCUACCCUCUUCCUCCUCGUUCUCUCUUACUGGUUUGGGACCGCCAUGGCAGUCCUCCUGCCCUCUCACGGCAUCUUCCGAUGGAUUAACCCCGGGCCCUUCAACAUCAAAGAGCACGUCGCCAUUAUCAUCAUGUCCUCUAGCGCCGCUGUGUCUGCCACCGCCAUCCAGGUCAUCUCCGUUCAGGACUUGUAUUACAACAACACUCUGAACGCUGGUCUCGCCAUCUUCACCCUCAUUGGUUCCCAGCUACUCGGCUAUGGCUACGCCGGGUUGUUGCAGGACAUGCUGGUUCGCCCCACCAAAUGUUUCUGGCCCUCGACGAUUUCCACGGCCAACCUGUUCCAGGCCCUCCACUUCGACAACCAAAUGACCUCCAAGCGUGUCCGUCUUUUCUGGACCGUUUUCUUCGUCAUGUUCGUGUGGGAAAUCAUUCCGCAGUGGAUCUUCCCGUUGCUCACCGGUCUUUCGAUCUUCUGCCUCGCCAACAACACCAACACGGUGUUCCGCAACGUGUUUGGCGGUGCGAGCAACAACGAGGGCAUGGCGCUUUUGUCGUGGUGUUUCGACUGGAACCUCAUCGGCAGCUCGUGCCUGUUCAGCCCGCUCUGGCUUCAGGUCAACCAAGACAUCGGCAUCUUGCUCACUUACAUCCUCAUGGCCAGCGUCUACUACGGGAACCUCUGGCGCGCAAAGGACUUCCCCUUCAUGUCCCAGGCCAUAUUCGCCUCCGACGGCAGCCAGUACAAUCAGACUGCCCUCCUUACCAACGGCAAGUUUGAUCCCGAGAAAUUCGCGACUCUGGGGCCCGCGUUCUUCUCGGCCACCAACGCUCUCUACUUUAUGACCUCCAACUUGUCCCUGGGCGCGACCUUCACCCACGUCUUCUUCUGGCACUGGCAGGACAUCAAGCCCUUCUUGAAGACUUUCAACCCUUGGAACAAGGAGGAAUACCUCGUCCACGACGCGCACUACGAACGCAUGAAAGUUUACAAGGCUAUCCCACGCUGGUGGUACUUCGCUCUCCUCGUCGCCGCUUACGCGAUCGCGCAAGCGACCAACUACGGAGCCCACUCCGGGCUCCCGUGGUGGGCGCUGACGGUCAUCCUCAUCAUCUCCUUCAUCAUGUCGCUGCUCUUUGCGACGCUGGCGGCAACGAUCGGGUUCUCCGAGUUCAACACUUCCGCACUUGGCUUCUACCAGAUGAUCACCUCCUACCUCGUCCCUGGGGACCCGAUCGCCAACCUCUACGGUGCGUUGUACGGUCAGCACCCGCAGGGCCAGUGCAUUUCCAUGCUCGGCGACCUCAAGCUCGGCCAGUACACCAAACUGCCCCCGCGCGUCACGUUCUUGAUGCAGGUCCUGGGCACCGUUGUUGGGGCCAUCCUGAACUACAUCAUGAUGGUCACGAUCAUCAACGCCAACCGCGCCGCGCUGCUCUCCAUCUCCGGCACGCGUCUCUGGUCUGGCCAGAACGCGCAGUCCUUCAACUCCAACGGUAUCUCUUGGGGCGGGCUCGGGCCUGAGAUGUUUGGCUCCCACGGCGUGUACUUCAUGGUGCCCAUUUGCCUCGCCAUCGGUGUCUUCCUCCCGCUGCCGUUCAUCGCGGCGUGGUACAUCUGGCCCAAGGCCGGGUUCGAGAACUUCAGCACGCCGAUCAUCCUCCAGUACUCGUGCUUCCUCUCCGUCGGCAUCAACACCUCGGUGAACCCGAGCAUGGCGAUCGGCAUCUUCUCGCAGUGGUGGGUGCGCACGCGCUACCCGCGCUGGUUCACGAAGUACAACUACAUCGUCGCCGCGGCGCUCGACGGUGGUACCCAGGUCAUCUCGUUCAUCCUCAACUUCGCCGUCUUCGGUGCGUCGGGUUCCGCGCACAGCUUCCCGCAGUGGUGGGGCAACGACUUCAGCCUCUCCGCCGACCGUUGUGCGCUCCCUGACAACUAG